CUAGCUUCUCCUACUCUUAACCAAAUCCAAAGUCCUUGAAGAUACAAUGGCUGAUCCUACGUCGAAAGAUGACCAUGAAGGUGAAGGAGGAAGAGGAAAAUCAUCAACUUAUGUUCAAAAACUUAUUGACGUUGAAGAAGCAAAGACUCAAAUCAUUUACUCUCUACCAAUGAUAUUCACCAAUCUUUUCUACUAUUGUAUCCCUUUAACCUCUGUGAUGUUUGCUUCUCACCUCGGCCAACUCGAGCUCGCCGGUGCUACCCUCGCCAAUUCUUGGGCUACCGUCACCGGUUUUGCCUUCAUGACAGGGUUAAGUGGAGCACUUGAGACAUUGUGUGGACAAGGGUUUGGUGCAAAAAGCUAUAGAAUGUUGGGGAUUCAUCUUCAAUCAUCUUGCAUCGUCUCAUUAGUCUUCAGCAUCCUCAUCACCAUCUUAUGGUUCUUCACAGAAUCGAUUUUCGGACUUCUCAGACAAGAUCCUAGUAUCUCAAAACAAGCUGCACUCUAUAUGAAGUACCUAGCUCCCGGUUUAUUUGCUUAUGGGUUCUUACAAAACAUUUUGAGAUUUUGCCAAACACAAUCCAUCGUUACUCCGCUAGUUGUCUUCUCGUUUGUUCCCUUGGUGAUUAAUAUUGGUACUACGUAUGCUCUGGUGCAUUUAGCUGGCCUCGGAUUCAUUGGUGCUCCCAUAGCUACAUCUAUUUCAUUGUGGAUAGCUUUCGUUUCUCUCGGAAUUUAUGUGAUUUGGUCAGACAAGUUUAAGGAAACAUGGACCGGAUUUUCGAUGGAAUCAUUUCGCUAUGUAGUACUAAACUUGACAUUAAGCAUCCCUUCUGCUGCUAUGGUAUGUUUAGAGUAUUGGGCGUUCGAGAUUCUAGUAUUCUUGGCAGGACUCAUGCCAAAUCCGGAAAUCACCACCUCUUUGGUAGCUAUAUGCGUCAACACCGAAUCGAUUAGCUACAUGUUAACAUGCGGACUUAGCGCAGCUACAAGUACUCGUGUGUCGAAUGAACUUGGAGCAGGAAAUGUAAAAGGCGCAAAGAAGGCGACUUCGGUGUCCGUUAAGUUGUCUUUAGUUCUAGCUCUCGGUGUAGUCAUUGCUAUACUUGUAGGUCAUGAUUGGUGGGUUGGUUUAUUCAGCAAUAGCCAUGUGAUUAAAGAGGGAUUUGCAUCACUAAGGUUUUUCCUUGCUGCAUCUAUAACACUUGAUUCCAUCCAAGGUGUUUUAUCAGGAGUUGCGAGAGGAUGCGGAUGGCAGCGGUUAGCCACAGUUAUAAAUUUGGGAACAUUCUAUUUAAUCGGAAUGCCGAUUUCAGUCCUUUGUGGUUUCAAGUUGAAGCUUCAUGCCAAGGGUUUGUGGAUCGGUCUGAUAUGUGGGAUGUUUUGCCAAUCCUCGUCUCUUUUGCUUAUGACAAUUUUCCGGAAGUGGAUAAAGCUGAAUGCUGCUACUGUCUGAAAACGGACGAGAUCAAUAUUCAAAACCUAGGAAUUUCAGAAAUAAGAGAUCAAGGGAAGAUUGUGUACAAGAAAAGACAUUAUUAAGU